UUCUAAAUUAUUUAAUUCCAAUCCAGCUCCAGCUGGGUCCACCACGCCCACAUUGCAAAAGUAAUACUCAAACCUCCAUUCUCCGCUGUUUUUCAUUUUUCAAUGGAACCCUAAAGACUAAUCCCUCAAACCUCACCAAUUUCAUCCCAUGGAAAACUUCUCCUACUCUUCUUAUCCUGAAUCCGGCGAUUCUUCGCCUCGUUCCAGAGAAAUUGAAUGCGAAAAUCAAUCAUGGGACGAGUCGCCCUCCCUCAAUGCUACUAAUAAUAAUGUUAAUUAUAAGGUUAAGUUUAUGUGCAGCUAUGGGGGCAAAAUCCAACCGCGUUCCCACGAUAACCAGCUCGCUUAUGUUGGUGGAGAUACCAAAAUCCUGGUCGUUGACCGCAACAUCAAGUUCUCUGCUAUCAUGGCCAAGUUAUCUUCUCUUUACGGUGGGGAUUCUGAGGUUUGUUUCAAGUAUCAGCUUCCCGGUGAAGAUCUCGACGCUUUAAUUUCCGUUACCAAUGAUGAAGAUCUGGAGCAUAUGAUGAUGGAAUAUGACCGGUUGCAUCGUUCCUUUGCCAAACCGGCCCGGUUGAGGUUGUUUCUAUUCCCGUUGAAUUCGCCGUUGGUGGCGUCAGGAUUUGAAGGGAGUGAACCGAAGUCCGAUAGGCAAUGGUUCAUUGACGCAUUGAAUUCGGUGCAGAUUCAGAAUCUCGAUGCCUCUUCUCCUCCUACUGUGGCGGUUCUGGCGGCAAAUCCCGAUUUUCUGUUCGGAUUGGAUAAGGUGAAUGUGCCGGAUUCUGUUCCUCCGGUUGUGACGGUGGCACAGGAAGUUGUUGCGAAGGAUGUAACGGCGGGAUCAGACUGUGGAUCGGAGGACCAGCAUUUGAUCACGGACCCAAUGGUAUCUCCAGCAGAGAUCCAGAGGCAAAUCCAUGAAUUACAGAGGAUGCAUAUUGCUGCUACACAAGAACAAGGCAUUUUGCAGAGAAAAAUCGAUGAAUCAAAUGCUAGAGCUUACAAUACUCAAGAUUAUUCAAAAAUGUUGGAUAAAAUUGCCACUUCACCGGUACCAGUAUCAACUCCGCUGCAAAUGCCAAUUCAAACGGCGUAUUUAACCUCUGCUGCUUAUUCGAUAUCUGCGACCGCAGCCCCCGCAAACCAACCAGUUUACCUCAUUCCGACUCCUGCAGCAGGAGUUUAUCAACAGCCUCCGACAAUACAACAGGUAACCGUACCAGCUGGUCAACCUUACUUCGGGGUACAGCGGGUGGUUCAGGAUGUUUACCGAGAGCAGUCGGUUUACAAUGCGGUUCCAUCCACGAAGUUUGGGGCAUAUACUGAGGGAAUCCAAGUUAUGCAGCCGACGGGUGGGAUGCCUGAAUCAGGAUAUGUACAGGUGGUUUAUGAUGGGGCAGGAAGGCAGGUGUAUUACACGGCGGCGCCAUAUCAAGGAAUGCCACAAAUGGCGGCAUCUGGUAGUGUCCCGGUGUUAAGUCAAGAUGGAACCCAACGCACGCUGUCUGGCACUUAAUUAUUGGAGCUUUUCUCAUUGUUUUUCCAAGCCGUCAUUUAAAAAUCUCUACAAUGACAGUGUCUCCACCGUCACCCCCUUUUGUGACUAUCCAUUGGUCUGUUGACGAAAAGUGAGAUGAAGCUUGUUUCCAUAAUGCCAGGUAUAAAUAAAAGUUAAGCAAAGCCACAGGCUUCCCAUAGAGGACUUUACAGCCACCAUGAAAUGGCCGUUUAUUCUUGCGGUUAUUAAUCUCAUACCACUAAUAUCUUUCUUUCAAGUAAAACAAUCAUGUAGAGCCACAAUUUAUAGAUAAAUUUGGGGUUUCCAAUAUGAAAUAAAUCUGGACGUGUUUGAACCAUGUUCAGCAUGUAGGAUAUCAUUUGUCGAAGCAAACAAACAUCAACGAAUACAGAAUAAAUGAACUAAUUAGAUUACUCACCCAUAAAUGGCCCGGUCUAAGGUUCCUCUCAACCUUGGCGGUGAAUCUUAGUUGUUGUUUGCCUGCUGCAAGAAAGAUCCAAGCUUAUGGCAACAAUUUGUGCAUCCACUCAUUCUACUACUUGUUCAUUGAUUUAGUUUCGAUUCUGAAUCAAACUUUAUACAGUCUGGGACCUCUUGCCUAAAUGUAAAAGGAAAUUCUAAAGCUCAAAAGCAUCCUUGUACUUUUUACAAGACAAAAUGAUGUGUCGGAUUUGAAAAUUAUCCUGAGAAUUGGGGUGACCCUAUUUGAAGCUUUCAUGAAAUGUUACAUCUCUUUUGCUUGAGAAAGGUUUGCUUGAGAAAAGUGGAGCAUAAAACACUGAUUCUCCGACCUGAAUGUGUGCAUCGUGGAAAAGACAUAA